GCCCCCUCUGUAACCUUUCCCCUACAUCCCUCUCUCUGGCUUAUCACGUGACCUGCUGACAGACAGGGCUGCUGAAACUGCAGAUCCCCUUAUCUGCCAGCAACCGGCGCUAUGCUCCGUAGUGACCAAUUCCAUGUCGCUCCACAUGUAAACACCACUGGCACGCCUCUUCCACACGCAAUAAUACUGCAUAUGGAAGAGGUGUGUAAGUGGGCGAUAUUGCGCUGACUGGUGCACGAAACAGCAACGAAACUCAACACAUUCGUCACAGGGUUUGGGUUAUGUGCUGCAAAGAAGGGCCAUUACCCGAAACGUCUAUUUUUUUGUUAAAACGUAAAUUAAAAAAAACGCGUUUACGAUUGGAAGUGUGGGAGGAGUGGCGGCGGUGGUGUGGGGGGGAGUUGGCCGCGCACGCUUGCCGUAGUCAGCUGAUCCCGCACCGGACGUGGAUGUGUGGUUGAACGCGGGUGGCGGGAAACGCUGAGCGGCUCGGCUCCUCGUCUUCUUCUCGCCUCCUCGCCUCCUCCUCACCGCAGCGGUCGUGUACCGUCUCGCAACGAGAUGGGCAGACAGCGGCCGCCGUCCGACUCUAACGACGCAGCCAGUACAUCUAAAAAAAUGAAAAAGGACAAGCCGUUCACGAAUGGGGCAGCGAAGUCCUCAGCAGGUGGAGGUGCGGGUGAUGCGAACAGAAACUCGCUGUUUGUGGAGAUCAUCAGCAAAGCUGGGAUCACACUGAAGCUAGAUGAUGCUCACAAUCAACUGUCGGUUGAUGAUGCUAUUUUCCAAAAGAAUGUGACUCAGGGUCUGCGGAAGCAUGCCAGCUAUCCCAAGGUGGUGGAUGACUUCAUAAGCAGCCUGCAGGAGUAUGUGGAGGGCCGUGAGGCGUUCAAGACUUGCCUGCUACCGUGCCGGUCCUGCCAGGAUUCUGAUGCCAGUACAAAGGCUUCACGUGAAAGUUUGAUCAAGCUUCUCCUUGGAGUAAAUAUUCUGCAGACUCCUUUAAUGAAUGCGCUCUUGGAAAAGCUCCCCGAGUUCAUGGAAGACGGGAAUUCGGAGGAUGGCGUGAACAUCCCUCGUUUGACCAUCAGUCAUUUUAAGUGGCUGGAUCGCAUUUAUGACUCAACGAGCCUCACCGAUCGCAUUCUGGAGCUGCUCACCGUCGCCCCUCUCGACGUGCAGCGUGACAUCAUCACCUGCCUGCCGGAGAUCAUUGAGGACGACCAACACACUCGGGUGGCUAAGGAGCUCAGUGCCCUGAUGCAGCAGAACACGCAACUGACGGUGGUUGUUCUUGAUGUCCUCUCCAACAUCAACCUGUCCUCUGACCUCCUGGCGGAGGUGCGUGGCUCGGUGAUGCUGGCCCUUGCGUCGGUGGAGCUCGAUGACCUUCCUGUGGUUGUCAAGUUCAUCUUGCACUCCAUCACUGCCACGGAUGCCUACGAGGUGAUUGCCGAGCUGAGAACCAAGUUGGACUUCCAGCUGUGCCUCCCUCCUGCCAGCCUCAGCGUCACACAAGGCGGGCGCAGGGCGGCAACUGGCACGCCUUCGCAAGUGGCUCCUGACAAACGAGACUGCAAAGCACUGGUGCUCGACGCCAUCGCAUCGGCCGUGCGCUUCCAAAAGACUACAGCGGAGGCUUGGAUUAAGGCGAUUGAAAGUGUGCGCUCCGAGUCGGAACACAAGGUUAUCGACUUCCUCGUGCUGCUCAUCCUUCACAUCAACCACCACAAGGCCGUGGAGAGCCUCGUGCAGGCCAAGGUGCGCGCGGGUCGCCUCGGCGACAAGCUGCUGCAAGCCGUCUUCAGCGGGCACACCCCGGUGACGUGCGAGUAUUUCCCGUCCAUUUUGGCACUGGCGCAGACGCUGCUGCGGUCGCCAGAUCCGGUGGUGGCGUCGUUCGCCGGCCGCGUGUACUGCCACGUCUUCUUCUGCUUUGACCCGUACUACCAGCAGGAGGUGGUGGGGUCGCUGGUCACCUUCGUGUGUAACGGCUACACAGCCGAGGUGGAUACGGCGCUGCAAGUCCUGCAUGAGCUGGUGCAGCAGCGCACAGCCUCGCUGGCCUCCUACGCGGUCUUCAUUAAGGGUAUCUUGGACUAUCUGGAGAAUCUCUCUCUCACGCAGAUCCGAAAGCUUUUCUUCAUCCUCAGCACCCUGGCCUUCAGUGGGGGCACACAGGGAAGUUACAUCCAGGGCGACAUGCACAUCGUGGUGCGCAAGCAGCUGUCAAGCACGGUGCUCAAAUAUAAGCGCAUCGGCAUCAUUGGCGCCAUCGCGCUGGUGGGGAGCAUGGCCACUCGCGGGAGAAAUGAAAGGACAGACGCAUCUGCUUCCCAGGCAUCUCCGCUCAGCACUAAUGUCUUCAAGCAGGUGACGACCCUGGUGCAACUGGUGCGUGACUGCUGCGACGGCUCGGCCGAGAGCACGGCGCUGUACUGCGACGAGCUGGCGACGCUCAUCCACACGGGGGCUCUGCACCCUAAAGUUCAGGCGUGGAUUGGAGAGAACAUAUUGACUGACUUUCAGGACGAUUAUGUGGUUGAUGUACAGCCGGGGAAAGAGCCGCCAGGAGACGACUGUGUGCUGCCCAUGCGCCUCUGCUACAACUUGGAGGAGGAGGAGGACAGCGAGGGCAGCAUCGCCAUCAACCUGCUGCCGCUGCUCGCGAACAAUGUCCUCGCUCGCAAGGCGCAGCCCGGGGGCCCUGACAGCAGCAAGAGGCUGGUGUCCCACGUGUGCCUGGCGUCUCACUUUCGGCUGCUGCGGCUCGGCGAGGAAGCUCUCAACGACGGCAACCUGGAGGGCAUCGACGCGCUCCUGGGCUGUCCCUUGUACGUGGCCGACCCGGAGCUCGUGGAGAAGGUGGAGUCGCUGUCGCGGCAGGAGCGCGAGUGGCUCUGCACCGCGCUCUUUCUCACCCUCAACUGGUUUCGCGAGGUGGUGAACGCCUUCUGCAGGCAGUCGGACGCGGAGAUGAAAGCGAAGGUUUUACGCCGCUUGGAAAACAUAACAGAGGUGAAGGGUCUUCUGGAGAGGUGUCUGGCAGCCACACCUGGAUACAAACCGCCCACGGCAAACUUUGACAGUGAAGGGUCGGAGGGCGGCGCCCCUGCGGCAAAUUCCUCAACUCAGCCCAAGAAAAAAACUAAAGGCAAGAAGAGGAAAGCGGAUGGCGCAGAGAACACGUCGACAGAGAGUCUGCAGGGAGACGAGACGAUGGGUGACACGCUGGCGCCGGCAGAGCGCACCCAGGACGACAAAAUUCCUUCCACCACUCGUGUGGAGGACUCGUGCUCCAAAACGGACUGUUUCGUCUCUCAUCGCACACUGUGUUCAACCACCACACUGCAGGAGGCAGCGGAGGAGCGGCCGCAGGUGAGCCUGGCAAGCUACCGCGCAUACAUGCGUGAGCUCGACAUCCACGUGUUCGGCAUCCUGCAGAUGGGGCUGCUCACCAAGUCCCUGCUGGACUCGCACAUGGACACCAAGGUCACGGAAGUGAUGCAGCUGGGACCAGCUGAGCUCAUGUUUCUGUUGGACGAUCUCACCCAAAAGCUUGAUCAUGUCCUUACCACGUCGAAGCGGACCAUGUUCCUGAAGGUGGGGAAGGCGGACCAGGACGUGGGUUUCGCGAACCUGAUGCAGCACUCGCCGCGACAGAUUGCCAGCCACGCCGUGCACCUCCUGGCUUCUCUCUGCGACCACCUGGAAGGCACUCACAAUUACUUCCAGAUGUCGCAAGCCGAGAACGAUGGCUUGGCGGAUGGUCCGCACGUGAACGUCCAGGAGACCCAAGUCAUGUCCUCCUGCUACCAACUCCUUCUACAGACCCUCAACACCCUCUUCUCUUGGAGCGGGUUUGUGCAUUUGGAGAAUAAGCCUCUUCUUAAGGAUGCUCUGGGUACCCUGGCCUUGAGGCUCAAGCCCGGAGAGGGAGCGAUGUCUAUGGACGAGCUGCUUGGCCACGCGUUUUCAUACCUGCGGAACUUUUCUGCCACGGUCCCUUCGUGCGAGUUGGCGCUCACCCUCACUCGGCUGCUCAUGGCGAUGGCCAAGAUGAGCCCGGAGCAGAAGGAACUACGCAAAGAAAUCGUAUCCGUUGCACAAGGGUUUUUGAAGCAGCACUGGGUAGGGCCCACGGGAGAGCGGGAGAAGGGAAGUAACUACUCCAAGGCGUUGGAAGGCUUGCUCUGCAUCUAUCUGGACAGCUGUGAGAACGUGCUGGACGCGAUAGAGGACAUCGCUAUCAAGGGCGUCACGGAGCUCGUCCACGUGGACAAGGACGGCCACUCGGCCACCUACCCCACGCUCACCAGGGCCGUGUUUGGAAUCUUCUACCGGGUCGUGAUGGAGCGGCUCGAGAAGGCCGUCAAAGCGAUUCCUGCGGGACGAUCCACCGACUCGGACGAGGUCCAAGAGGCACUGCUGAUGCGGUGGAGCGCAGGCGUCCGGAACUUCCACAUGCUCGUCAACCUCAUCAAGACUUUUGAUGGAAGACAGAGUCUCAGAGUUUGCCUAAAGUACGGUCGCCUGUUUGUGGAGGCCUUCCUUAAAAAAGGAAUGCCACUGCUGGAUUGCACCUUCAAAAAGUACAAGGACGAAGUGAACGGUUUGCUCAAGAACCUUCAACUGAGCACACGGCAGCUCCACCACAUGUGUGGUCACUCCAAGGUGAACCACAACGUGAACCUCAUGAACUGCGUGCCCCAGCUGAAGCGCACGCUCGAGUCGUUUGUCUACCGUGUCAAGGCCAUGCUCACCGUGAACAAGUGCCACGAGGCCUUCUGGAUCGGCAACCUGAAAAACCGUAACCUGCACGGCGAGGAGAUAUUGUCUCAGGAUAUGAUGCAGACGGACAAGGGCGAAGACUCUGAAACGGAGGCAUCGGUGCUUGCAGAAGAUGAUGAUGAAGAUGAAGAGAUGCCAGAGAAUGCAGAAGAGGAAUUCCUGAGCGACGAGUACUGACCUGGCUCUCUUCGGCGUUGGAUGGCCGAUUACUCACGUUCUCCAUCACACAUCGGGCGGAGACUGCAACAACGAUUGCGUUUUGUUUGUUUAUUUGUUUUCGACUGAGGCAACGGCGGCGACCCACGUGCCCUGCCCGAGAACGGUAAACUUGGCAGGACGCUGCCGCUUGACGCACUUAGCUAAGUGGCGCGGGGUGGCGGGAAGGUGCGAGUUGGUGGCCGGGAGCGGGCGCCUUCCUUUGCCGUUUGUUGGGGAUUGUUCGCGGUGAGAAGCCACCGGCCGCGCCGUCAGAUUCUCAGUGGCGAACUUUAAAGGUCGUGCAAAGUUAUUCGUGAAAUGUUUAGAAAUUACUCGCAAAUUACUUAAUUGGAGGAAAUUUAAAAAAAGCAUCAUUGAUUUUUUUUUUUAUCUCGGUUAUCUUUUCGCGGAAGUCAUUGCUUACCCGUUGUAAUCUUCGCAAGUGUCCACUUAACCGUUAUCUUUACGGAACACCAUCCUUGUUCUAAACAUGACCUUUAUCUACCAGGGUCAAAGCAGUGACUACUUAAUUAAAAUACAUUUCACAUUUAUUGCAUGAGCGAUUGGCUUCGUUAAAAUGCAGAGAUACUUGUAAUUAAUCUUUAUUAAAUAAUAAUAAAAACUGUUUUCUACUCUAUGCUCAUGUUGCACCUCCGAUUAUCACGGUUGGCUACGUCCGUUGCAAAAGAAGUUCAACAUACGUAUGUUAUGCCUUAAGUUCUGAACACGUGAUUACAAACUUUUGGUUAUAUGCUGCAUAUUGUUGCCUUUUUUUUUCACGACACGGUAAUUGCUGUCAUUUAAAGUAUUUUUUUUUUACAUUUAAUGCGCGGAUUUAAACGUAGUGUGACAAAAAACGUACACUUCGCGGACUUUUUAAAAUAAAAAUGUAAAAACGUCAACGAUG